UUAGAGCAGACGGGCAUCAUACGUUGUUCCAAAUUCAAAACAAAACAGAAGAAUCUUGUUAAUUCACAAUGCAGUUUACAACGUUCAUUUUACGCUUGAAGGCCUAAGAAAACAACGAACAUGAAUACCUGGUCUCUAGUUAAAAAAGAUGAUCGCUCGUUUGUUAACCCGUUUCUUUCAUCCGACCAGCAACAUGGUAGGGAUCACGUAAAUGAGGAGUUUCUGAAACAUCUAAAAUCAGUGGUUAACAAACUAAUGGCCCAAUGGGAGAAAAAUGUGAAGGCAGAAAUUGACUAUACUGGAAGCACCAACUGGGGUGACUAUUCAGUAUACACAGGAAAAUCUGGAUAUGCCUUGUUAUACUUUGAAGCAGGAAAGAUGUUGAAUUCUCCAGAGUUCAUAGAACAGGCUUUUUUCAUGGCUGAAAAAUGCACGAUGCAUUUGCACAAGCCAAAUGUGAAAGACCUUACUUUCCUGACUGGAGUUGGUGGACCUCUUGCUUUAGCUGCUGCAUGUGCCCAUUCCCUCAAGCAGCCAGAGAAAGAGCAUCAUUUUCUUCAUCGGUUGCAGACAUUGUACCGUUCUUUUGAAGUUCUCACCAAUAGCAGCGAUGGUAUGCCCGAUGAGCUCCUGUAUGGACGAGCUGGUUGUCUAUUUUCGUUAUUAUACAUGAAACAGCAUUGCCACGAGAAGGUGAACGAUGAUUUGAUAGCAAGCAUCGCUAAAGCCAUUAUUGGCUCCGGCAGACGCUUAGCCAACGAAAUGCAGCAGAGAGGGUUCAUAACACCUCCACUUAUGUUUGAAUGGCAUAAACAAAAAUAUCUCGGACCAGCACACGGGUUCGCUGGUAUACUUUAUCUUCUUCUGCAGAUUACGGAUUACCUGGAGCGCGGUGUCGUGGAGGACGACAUACGUCUUUGCUUAGAUUUUCUCCUCGAAACCCGGUUUCCUAGUGGAAAUUUCCCCUCGUCUUUAGACAGUGAGCGCGAUCGCCUUGUCCAGUGGUGUCAUGGAGCUCCAGGAUUUAUUCACUGUUUCAUAGCAGCCGCUAAGGUUUACAAUUCUGAUUUGUACCUGUCAGCAGCUAAACAGUGUGCUGAUGUAACUUGGGAGCGUGGAAUUUUAACCAAAGGUUUUAGCCUUUGCCAUGGCAUCUCAGGAAACGCACUCGCCAUUCUUCAUCUUUACAAACACACGAGAGAUCCCAUUUAUUUGUACCGUGCAUAUAAGUUUGGCGAAAUCGUUAUGGACGAUCGCCCGCACGAGUUCCGGACACCGGACCGACCCUUAUCUCUUUUCGAAGGCACAGCUGGUGUAAUCUUGUUCUUAUUGAAUUUACUGGAUCCAGAGAAAUCCGCUUGCAGCUUCCCUGGCUACCAGCUGAAUGCACUUGAAAAAAAAUAGAAGUCAGGGUUAUAUAUCCCACAUUAAGAUUUUUUUGGUGAAUCUUUUUUUUUCUUUUACUGUUGUUCCCCUGAAUUUCUUUCAGUAAUCCAGGGAAAUAUGCUGUU